GUCAAUGUCAUAUUAUAACAUCACCGAAACACGAAUCGAAUUUUUCAAAUUCAAAAUAAAAUCAAUUUAAAUAUUAAAUAAGUAGUGUUAAAAAUUAAAACAAUUAUUGUAUAUACAUAAGCGUGUAAGGCUGUUUGAAAAUGUUUUUAAUAAUAUAGUUUUAGUUACAUACUAUUUGAUUUUAACAGAAUAACCUAUUUCAAUAACUAUGUUUAGUCGAUUAUUAAAUCAAAAAGUAAUGAUAGGAACAGUUGCAAGACUGUCACCUAGCGUCAUAAUACCAAUCAUCGGCAGAAGAAACGAAAAUGAUUACGACGAACUGGAUACGCCGAAUUCUCCACUGCCGAAGACCGGAUGGGACAGAGUCAAAGCUAUGUAUACUAAAAAUGACCAAGAUGAAAAUUCAAUUGAAUUUCAAAAUGUAGUGCAAGCAACCAUGAGUGGUUUAAUUAUUGGAGCAUGCUUAGGAGGGUUUAUCAAGUCAAGAGAUGCUUAUUUGUAUUUUAUUGAAAACAAUCAAGCUACAAUUUUUAAAUCUACAGUUGAUGCUAAGAAAAAAUUACAGGACUUUGUAACAGUAGCUUUUGCAAAGGGUGCUUACCAUUGGGGAUGGAGAUUGGGAGCUUUUACAGGAAUCUUUAGUCUUAUAUCUACAACAAUAUCAGUGUAUCGGGACGAGAGUGCACUAUCAGAUUAUAUCAUAGCAGGCGCAAUGACUGGAGCUAUGUACAAAGCAAUAUUGGGACCAGCGGCCAUGUUAGUUGGAGCUACUUUAGGUGGAAUAUUAAGUGCUAUUGGCGGCAUACUUAUAUUAAGUUUAGUAAAAAUUACUGGAGUUAAUUUAAACGAUGUAAGGAAAGAGAUGGCCAAAUUUAGAGAAAAGAGAAAAGAACAAUUAGAUCAAGCCAUCGACAAAGCAUCGGAUGAAAAACACGACAAUCUAACGCGACACCACGACCAAAUCGUUGAAGAGAAAGGAGUAAUGAAUAUAGAGCAGUUGACUUAGCAGAUCUUGUCAUAUCGUUCACAGACUAAUGGAAAAAUAGAAGAAUAGUGCCUACAUUGGCAGAGGUACAGGCGGCGCAGGACCGUUGUCUGGAAAUUGCUAAAACCUAUGCCAAGCAGCAGUAGGAAUUGUGUAAUAAAUUGUUGCAAAUGUUUAGUAUACCUACUUACAUUGUCGCCUGAAAACCGGUAACAUGCUUAUUUCAGUCGCCAAUAAGUAUCGCUCUUUAGAUUUGAAGUGUGUUGUUGGUUGACAGUGGGAUAAAAGGAACACAAAUAGAAAUAAUAUAUUAUUAUCGAAGUGAAGCAUCGUGAUCUAGUAUUAUUGAACGAGUUAGUUUCGUUGGAAGUGAAUAAAUUGAAAUAUCGAGAAUCAAGAGUUGAUACGUACCUAAUAUCAUUAAGCAACGCUUUGUUUCAUCUCAGCGUCAAUGUGAAUAAAGCGCAAUUUUGACGUACAAAUUUUAUUAGUCUGUGUCUGUGAAAAUACCUAUAUGUUGAAUAUUUUUUAAUUUAUUUUAUACUAGUGUUAGAAUAUUGUUAGGUAGAUACAUGAAACAUGUUAAGUUUAUUAAUAAGAAUAAACGAAUAAAUGUGUCUGUUAUU